AUGUAUGGUGAGCCUUCCUUUGACACACAUCCAGACGAUUAUUAUAUAUUCUUUACCUUUAGUAAUAGAGCUUCUUCGAUAGCUCAAGAAAUUUCUCUUGAUGAAGAGCAGUCACAUGUAACAUCGAAGAUGAACGUAAAUCAAUUAAAUGUUACCCGCCGAAAUCGCGCUAUUCCCCCUGCGGGAGAGAAUGCUGAACAACCGAUGGUGACCUUAGAAACCAUACAAGAUGAUAUGGAUAGAGUUGAAAACUUAAUGAACAGAAGUGACUAUUGGUACGGGUUAUUCUGCAUGAUUUCAUUCUUUGUGAUUCUUUGUAUUAUUAUUUGGUUCUUUUUAAAAGCGGCUUCUCAAUAUAAUUAA